CAUCAUGGACUUUCCAGAAUCCUCAUCACAAAGUAAUUUAAAGUUGGUAAAACAGAGUUUUCUAACAACACUAGCCUGUAAAUACAGAAACCCAGGCUGUAAAAACUAAGAAGGAGAUCAAGCAAGGUGACAAUUUCAAAGCACCACAAGGCAAGCAAACCCUUCUUUCAUUUUCUUCAUUCCAUGCAGAUUCUUGGGUUUUAUUGUUUGAUCAGUCAGUUCAGUUUGGUUCAUCAGAAAACUCAGUUGAACUUACAUGUAUUAUGCUUAUAUGUGAUAUGCUCGUGAAAUUUACGAGGCCUUGGUCAAAAUCGAUUUUGGAUUCCUAAUUCAUAUAAUAUGCCACAUGUUCUUUGAAUUUUUAUAUAUAAGAUUGUGAAACUAAGGGUGCCAGACGCAAGUCUUGUCUGUCUAUAGCCGGGAGCACCGGGAACACCCUAUCGAGGGCUUAUAUAUUCUUGAAACUUAACAAUUAGGCUUCUUUACAGAGUUGGAUUGUGAUUGUGUUUUUUUACAGGUUUAGUGUGUUGGAAAAUGGGAUCAUAUACUUUUCACCUAGUCUGUGUACUCCACUCUGUGGCAGCCAUGACUUGUGGACUUCUACUGAUGUUUUAUACUAAUGAGGUGUUUGAAUUUACUCAUGGAAGAGAAAUCGCGGUUAAGAUAAAGGGCUCGACGCCACAUGAUCAGCUGUUAAUCCGAACAUCUGAUUCGUUUUCAGGCUUGCUUCUGUUUGCGCUAGGAUUUCUUUUGUUCAUGGUGGCAUCUGUUAAAGAUCGGAAUUUUCAAGGCUUUUUUGCCAGGGGGUGUGUUUUUCUACAUGUGGUUACAGCAUUGUGGAGAAUUUACUUCGAUAGGAAACUCGAGGAUCUUGGUGGCAAUUGGUUAAGGCUUGUGGUUGGGGAUAUUGUCUUGGCACUGUCAUGGGUGUUCUUUCUUCUUUACACUUGGAGGGAGAGGUAUGAUUAGUUUUCUGGGAUCAGAUUCCGCGAUCCUGCUAGCUCUGGCAUCCACACUGAUGGUGAGUUACGAGCUUCUUGAUUUACUUUCGUGGUUUGUUAUAUGACAAUUUUGACAGACUGAUUGCCUUGUUGGUAUGAUUUAGCGCAUUGUGGGAUAGUUUGUUUUGUAGAUUUCCAAAUCAAAGUACAGUUGCAUAUAGUGUAAUCAGAGUAGUAGACUUUACAGAUUUACUUUGUGUCAUCUGUAAUUUUAAUUAGUUCUUGAAAAACAUUGGGAGUCACUUCUUCUGAGCUCCCUUUGUUAAUGCUUUUCCUGCUUGCCA